AUAAAAUACAUAGCUCAUUCAUAUAAAUGCAGUAAAAUAACAUGAGGACCAUUUAAAUUGAAAUCUAUCAUUUAUUAGAAUGAAGUUAAUUUUAAAAUUUUGGCACUGUUGUAUUUCACCAAUUCGGACUUGUAAAUCGCAAAAUAUGCUACACAUUCAAUAUUUAUCUCGCGAAAAUAUUUCAAAAUAUUUAAAUAUUUUGUGAUAUGGAUCGUGAUCCAUCAAUAUUGCAUGCUAAACGUUCAAUAAAUACAGGAAAUAUCACGAUAAAUACUGAACGUGUAGCAGGCGCCAUUGAGGCCAUCGAUUUCAAUUUUUUUUUCAAUUACAUAUAACAUAUGGUAGACAUUUUCGUAAGUGACUAUUUAUAAUAAUCGAUUCAAAAUAUAUUACUGCUACGUUGUUACAUUAAAUUAACAAUUCUUGCACACAAUACCAAAAACAUUAGAAAUACAUUAUUUUCAAGGAAUAGGAAAUUGCUUCAACUAUUAUGUAGAGUUUGGACAUGAAAUGGGAAGAAAUGUUAUAAAAAACUUGGUUCGAGAAAUCUUGUCAAAAUCAUUGUGAAAUUUUGUCUGUAUCUCACUCUUUGAAUAUUUUGUGGCAUUUCAUUGUAAGCAAUAGUGUAUGCCAUUUAUUGCUUACCAUAAAGAAGUACUUAUGAUAAAAUAUUUUGCCUGUCAAAAUGCCUAGUAAGUACCUGUUAAAAUACGCAUACAAAAGAUAAAAAGUUAGGAUAUCCCAUUUAUACGGCAACGCCGACAAUAAUAAAUACAAACAAAAUUUUUUAUAAUUGUGGUUAUUAAUUAGUGUUUUGGUAAUGUCUGACGUUUCUAAAAAUAAGCAAAAAGCUAAAAGAACUAAUGGUUGGGAAGAAGCAGGUUGCGAAUUUUAUCAGGAGAGUUAUUGUGCUGAUUGGGAUGGUUUCGCUAAAAACCCUAUAGCAAUAACUACUUUACUACCGUCAAAACAAAACAGGCUAGGCACUUCAAAGAGGAAUUACACCCAGCUGGAUCGAAAACAGAAACUUUGCUGGCAACAGUUUCCUUCUACUACACAAAGAAAUUAUCAACAGAAUGAUGGUCAAUUUUCCCUGCUGCCUGAUUUAUCUCAAGUCAUUAAUGACGAGGAGCAUAUUUGGGAAGAGAUGUUCCAAAUUAAACAGUUACCGUUAUCAAUGCACCAAAAAAAGGAAUUUAAAUUGGAUUUGCAGAGUGCAACCAAAUUACGUCUUCAAGGAUUUAAUCAACUUAAAUGGAAACAUCGCAAAGCUUGGCAAAAAAUUGCAUUGGAGUGGUCCAAAUUUAGUGCUAUUAUAAGAUUGUGGCAGUCAUCUUUAAAAGAUAUCGAGGGACAUUUUGGUAGUGGGGUAGCUGCAUAUUUUAUAUUUUUACGGUGGCUUUUUUAUCUUAACUGUGUUACAUUCUUAUUAAUAAUUAUAUUUGUAAUAAUUCCAAAUAUUAUAUCAUAUGAGAUAUACGACAAAUGUAAGAUUCCACAAAAUUUUAAUCAGACAAAUAAUUGUCUAACAGAAGAUAUUAAUCGAAAAACAUAUAUGGAUUCCACGAGCGGUGAAUCUGUCAAUAUUCUUGAUAUAGUACAAGGCACUGGAGCACUGGAAACAUCAUUGAUGUUCUAUGGAGGAUAUUCGAAUAAAACAGUUGGAAUUGCAUUCAAAGACACCCUUAACUCUACUCAAAAUGAAAAACAACAUUCCUUCUAUUACGAUUUAUCUUCUGCAUAUAUAUUCGCCGUUCUGGGUUACUUUUCAACUACGUUAAUUUUCAUUGUAAAAGCAUCUGCCCGUGAAUUUAAAGAUCGUCUUAUUAAUGGCCGAUGGCAGUUUUAUCAGUACUGCAACCUUGCUUUUGGUGGUUGGGACUUUUGUAUUCAUAAUGAAAAAUCGAGUGUAAUUAAGCAUAAAGCAGUCUUUAAUGAAUUUAAAAGCUCAAUUCAUUCAAAACGCAUUGAAACUGAAAGAAAUAAUCGCUCGAAUGACUAUAUGUUAAAACUUAUUAUGAUACGAAUUAUUGUUAAUAUUUCUGUUGCUAUUACAUUAAUUCUCUCAGCAUAUGUAAUAUUUUUACUAUUUAAUAUGAGCUUAAAGCAGGGUCACGGUAAAUUUAUCAAUAUUAAUUAUGGAGAAGUGAAUUCAAUUAACACUGUUAAUGUUGAGGGUACGCCUACACUACAAGUUCUUGAGUUAUUCUUUGAUUUUGCUCCAUAUAUUUGCAUUGUUUUUUUAAAUCUCAUAUUGCCAGCAUUUUUUAAAUAUUUGUGUUCUUUCGAAAAGUAUUCUCCCUUGUUUGUGAUAAAAAUAAGCUUAAUCCGCAUGAUAUUUUUAAGAUUAGCUUCUUUAUUUAUUUUACUAAGCCGUUUCUAUUAUAUUGUAAUACCAGCCUCUGAAACUCGUGUUACGAAAUCUGUUCCAUAUAAAUGUUGGGAAACAUUUGUGGGUCAGCAAUUCUAUAAGCUUGUUUUAACAGACUUCUUUAGUCAUUUGUUCGUAACUUUUUGCUUUAACCUUCCCCGUGCUAUAUUAGCAAUAUAUUUUAAUAAUAAUUUUGUUAAAUUUACUUGCGAGCAGGAGUUUGAACUUUCUAAGCAUGCUUUGGAUAUUGUAUAUUUACAAACAAUUUGUUGGAUAGGAAGCUUUUAUAUGCCCUUUUUGCCAGCCUUAAUUAUCGGAAUUAUGUUUCUAAUGUUUUACAUAAAAAAGUUUCAAUGCCUCAUAAAUUCGAAACCAACUAAAAUUUUAUAUGGAACUUCACGCUCUAAUUCACUAUUUAUGUCUGUCCUAUUGAUAUCAUUUAUUGUUUCCGUAAUUGUAUUAACUUAUGCCUUUGCAGAAGUAUCACCUUCUGCAACUUGUGGACCUUUUAAAGAAUUAAAAACAGUAUGGGACGCACCAUUAUCGACUUUUAUGAGAAUGCCAAUAUUUGUCAAAGAUUUUGUAUUUUUCUUCGGAACGCCUGGAUUUGUUAUACCUUGUUUUUUUAUUCUAAUCCUAUUACUAUAUUAUUUUUAUGCGGUUUCGGAUGCCAAUAAAAAUAUGGUCGAGGUUUUGAAAAACCAGUUGGUAUUAGAAGGACACGAUAAAAAAUUCCUUUUAACCCGACUCUUAUUGACUCACCAAGAUACACAGGAAUAAAUUAUUAUAGAAAUUCAAAUACAUAUUAAGUAUAUACUCAUAAAACUAUAAGAACUUCAGUAUAUACAUAUGUAGAGGAAAUACGUGAUUUAUGUUACGCAACACUAAUGUAGAAUAUAUUUUAACAAUUGUCUACCGUCAAAAGCAACAUGAUACUCAUUAACUACCAAAAAAAAACAAAGAAUGUUUAUAAAUAAAGAACCAAUAAUGAACCAAAAUAAA